UUACGUAUUGUGAAAUGUCAGGUGCCGAAUGCUUUUUUUGUUUGGUUUUGCAAAACGCUUUUGGCGUAUCUAUCUCAGUUGAGUCCUAUUUUUAUGUAAUGAUUUUGCUCGAUUUCGCAAUAAUCAAUAAUAAAUAAAACUUAAAAAUAUUAUUUAAAUGAAUAAAAUGAGCAAUUUCAGCUUGAGGUUUAGUAUCUUAGGAAAAUUUAUUUUCGUUGGUAACACUACUUUAGGCGCGAAGUCCGAUCAAUACUAUACACCGCAUAAGGAGAGAACUUUCCACUGCAAUGUUCACCGAGGAUAUUUGUUUAUUUACAUUGUAUUAAUAUUAUCUUAGAAAGUAUUGAUGGAUCAUUCAUCAGAUAUGGGUGCGUACGGUGAAAGUCCAAAUGUACAGAACAAUGGAAAUUAUAUUACCAUAAUUCCAGUGGAUUAUUCAAGAAGAGGAUAUCCCAUGCAAGCGGAAUAUCAAUAUAAUGAAUUCAGAUCCCGCGAGGAGUACUACAGCGUGCAAAGUCAGAAGUUGCAAGCGGAAGUCAAUGCUCACUUAUAUUCAGUGUCGCAGAGACUGCCCCACCUCACGUACAGUCCGCUAGGCCGACACAGCGAGUGGGACAAACAUGACCCGCACAAACCUUUGCAGCCUGACUCUAAGGAGAGUAAUAGCUCCGAUUCAUUGGAGAAGAGUGUUAUGGGUUCAAACCUGAGCAGUUGCUCGAACCAGACCGGGUCGAGCAGUAUCGCAGCCGGAUCUUUCAGCACGACAGAACCAAUCACCAGUGGAGGCAGUUCUUCCAGCGCCAUAUCCCCACCUCUACCAGGAUCAUCAGGAAGUACAGCAUCUUCAUCAACAGUUACAUCAAACCCAGUAACCUGCGUCUACCUCAUGUCCCGCAUCGCCGUCAUGGUGGAGAUGAGUUCGGAGGAAGUCCCUUCAUGCGUGACUGCCUCAAGGUUCUUGAACGCCGUGCUGGCGACCGAGGAGUUGGGUCUCUUGCAGCCCACAGCCAGGAGUUUGGCAGCUAACGUCUUCGCGUUGUGGAUGUGCAGCCCUUUGUUAGAGAUCCAGUUGAAGCCCCACCACUGCCCAUGGAAGAUCUGGGCCAGCUGGCAGAAGCUGCUGCAGCGGUACGGACACGCGUCAGAGUCCCGACGGGCGAGGGACCAGCCCGUGCUGAGACUGCAGAGGAACGUGUUCUUCCCUAAACACCUGGAGGAGGGGAUCAAAGACUCCAGAAUCCAAGAGCUUCUGUACGAGGAGGCUCGUCACAACGUGGUGACGGGCCGGUACCCGCUGGAGAGCGCUCAGGCCGUGAUGCUGGGCGGACUGCAGGCCCGCAUACAACUGGGACCUUACGACCCUCAUCGGCACACGGCCAAGUUCUUCAGGGAGAACCAGGACAAGUACCUCCCCCAGCACGCGCGGGCCGGCCGCUGGGCGCAGCUGCUGCCCGCGGGCCGCAAGGGCAGCCCCGAGGCGCGCCUGCUGGAGCACACGCAGCGCCCGCCCGCCGCGCCGCCGCGCAAGCUGCGCCACAAGUACCUCGCGCACACCAGGACGCUGCCCACCUACGGAGCGGCGUUCUUCCAAGGUCAGAUCGAGCAGCCAGUCCGCAGUCUGACGAGCCUCCUCACCCACGAAGACAUUCCAGUGCUGGUAGCCAUUAAUGCUAAUGGCGUUUACGUCAUUGACGACACUGAAAGCACGGUACUCUUGGGCCUGCUAUACGAGGAGCUGUCCUGGGACAUGGGCCUCCCAUCAGACGACAACGAGGACUGCCUGCCAUGCCUCUUCCUGCAGUUCAUGGUGGUGGAGAACGGCCUGCGCGUCUCCAAGAUACUUCAGGUGUUCUCAAAGCAGACAAUCAUGAUGGACACGUUAAUAGAGCACUUCGCUGGAGAGUACAGGAAGAAACUUGGCCAGGAGACGCCGAGCGACCAUGCCAACUACGACUACCAUUCAGAUUCAGGCAGCAUCUCCUUGCCCCCACUUUCCCGUCCCGACUCCCCCCAGCGAAGACUGGCCAACAAGCUGUCCCGGCUUGCGCUGGCGACUCACGACGGGCGCGGGAACCUGCUCGGCGGCGCCGGGGACUGGAAUACAGACCUCAACCAUCCACAGCCCUCCUGGAUACUGCCCAAGCAUUAAACGAUU